AUGGUAUGGUACAUCCUCUACAACGUGUUUAAGCCUGAUUUCCUUACUCGACCCUCUUUCAGAGCUAUUCAUAUGCAGUCUCUCGCGCUGCGUCUAGAUUUGUCCAGUGAACAGACUAGCCCGAGCACGGCUGCUGCUCACGAACUGACGGGUGCAGAUGACACCUCCUUAUGUACAGUUACUUCAACACCACUUGGAUCCGGAUUAUUGCCACCAUCGGCAAGAGCGGGUCCUAUAGACUUCGGUUGUAAGGGGAAUGAGAUAUAUGAAGGGUGUAUCGCCACCAUAGACACCCGUCCGCUUUGCUUCCAGCGCCCAGCCACUGGCCCUCGUCCCAAGGACAGGUUAGACUCCCGUGAGGUCGAGUCCCUGUCCGCUGGCGAACGAGCCUGCGGGAACGGCUGCGACGGUCGCCGUGACGGAGUGCUCACCUUCGUGAAGGGCCAGACACCCUCUCGCUAG